AUGUUUAGUCGUUUUAUCGUAUCGUCGGCGAAUUGCUUUAGGCGACUCGAAAGAAAUCUCCAACGAGGCUAUAGAGCAGCGUUAUUAUCGAAAUUCAAUGAACCAUUAGUGAUUACUGAUAAGAAGGAAAUGAGUGCGCACGAUGGUGAGAUGAUUGUCAGGAUGGAAGCAGCAGCGCUAAAUUACUCGGAUAUUGAAAUGAUAAAAGGAAAUUACUAUUUGAAGCCAACUUUACCAUUCGUUCCAGGCUUCGAAGGAGCAGGAACUAUAAAAGAAGUUGGUAAAGGAGUAGAAGAAUUUAAGGAAGGUGAUCGAGUGGUAAUUAUCAAAACUACUGAUAGGGGAGCGUUUGCUGAAGAAUGCUGUGUUAAAGAAAAUGAUCUGGUUUUUCAUAUACCUUAUUCGAUGGAUUGCGAGUCUGCUGCAGCUAUUGCAGUUAGUUAUGGAAGUGCCUAUACUGCUCUUCAGAAAAUGGCUUUCGAACGACAAGGAAGUUCGUUAUUAGUGCUAUCAAGCAAAGGAACAACUGGAUUUGCUGCAGUGGACCUUGCACAGAAUAUUUUCAAAGCAAAAGUAUUUGCUGCUAGUGAUUCAGAAGAAAAACUAGGGAAAUUGCGAGAAACAGGCGUCAUAUCAUUAUUUAAUUAUACGGAUGGACAGUUGGCUCGAAAUGUGAAGAAAAUGACUAUGGGCCAAGGUGUUGAUUUAAUUAUUGAUACAGUUGGCGGUAGCGUAUUUGAACAAUCUUUAAAUUGUUUAAGAACUGGUGGCCAUAUUGUCAGCUUAGGAUUUUCAUCAGGCGUUAUUCCGUCAUUAAAUCUGUUAGAUCUACACCGCUUACAAGCUUCUGUUUCAGGUAUGUGGUUGGGAGGAUGUCAUCGCAAAGAAAUCAAGGCUAUUGUUGAUUCGCUAAUUGGAUUUUUUGAAGAAGGAUUUUUAAAUGUGCGUAUAGGGAAAAGGUAUUCUUUGGAUCAAAUAAAUGAUUGCAUCAAGGAAAUUGUUGAAGACAAAGUAUUUGGAAAAGUGAUAGUAACAAUGCUUUAA